CUUCCACCACUUCCUCCCGCCCCCCUUUUCGCCCCCGCAGGGACCGUGCCGCCGGGGACUUGGGGCGUAGUCCACCACCUCCAGGCACACGAGGCAGGGCACGCGCUCCUUGGUCGAGAAGGCGAAGGACUCGGAGGCAUGCAGGCGCCAGACGCGGUUGUAGGGGUUGCCGACGGGGACAUACACCAGGUUGGACGGGAGGAGGCGCCGGCCGAGCUCGCGGAGGGAGACCCGCAGGUUCGGAGUCCGCCUCUCUCGGGGGACGCUG